AUGAAGAAGAUGAAAGGAGUUGUGUAUGAGGAUCAGAGGGCUAGGCUCAGGCAUCAAAGUCUUUUGCACGACUAUAAAGACCUACAGGAGGAAACAAAUGCCAUGAGAAUGAAACUGCAGGCUGCGAAGCAGAAAAACUCGAUACUGUCAGCAGAAGUUCGAUUUUUGAGGCAACGUUACAUAUAUUUGAUGCAAAAUCCUUCUCCAAAGCAAGACAUUUCACACCAGCAAAAGCUUAAAGUCCAAGCUACCCUUAUCCGAAAGGGCAAGAAAUACAAUAGAAAGGAAUCUACUUUGCACCCUGCCAGAACCUCUCAUUUGAAUUCUAAAGAAAGGAUUUCCAAUGGAGUUGAGACUACAGAGCAUAAAACAGUUCCUAUGUUUGAUUUAAACCAGAACGCUAAGAGUGUUAGUAAAAAAGAUCCUUCUUUUCUCAAUUCUUCUCCAGUUCCUGACUUAAAUCAGGAAGAUAGAUUUCACAGUCUUAAAGAAGCCUCGAAGAAGAGCAUCACUACAUUUUUUGACUUGAACCAGAUUUCGAGAGAAGAAGAGGAAUUACUGGGUAUUGAGCCCAUGAGGGUUGAAGAACCAAAAAGAAUUACACCAAGAAGUGCGAGUGAAGAGCAGCACAACGAUAUCAAGUUGUCAGUUUGUAGAAAUGUUGGGAAUGGUUCAAACAGGACAGUGAAGAGGAAGAUCUCUUGGCAAGAUCAGGUGGUAUUAAGGGUUGGAACUUAA